AUGCGCUUUCAAGCUUCUUUCGCGGCCAUCUUGGCUGCUGCUGCUACUGCUUCUGCUCAAUCCGUCGCUGGAAAGGCGUACGGUUUCGCUGCUGGUGUUACUGGUGGUGAGGGCGAGGCUGUUACGCCUGCUACCGCUGAGGAGCUCGCUGAGCUUCUUGCUGAUGAUACUCCUCGUGUCAUUUACAUUGACAAAGAGUUCGACUUUACUGGUCAGACCAAGACUGGCCCCGGAUGUGACCGCAAGAGCUGCAGCGCUUCCAACGGCGGCCAGCUCUACCUCGGUGAUCUCUCUUGCGGUGGCGAGGACAACGUUGCUGUGAGCUCCAUCACUUACGAUGCCGCUGGCCCUGAGCCUCUUCCCGUUGGAAGCAACAAGAGUAUCAUCGGUAACGGCAAGGCUGUCCUGAACGGAAAGGGUCUCUCCAUCAAGAAGGGUUCCAAAAACGUUAUUGUUCAGGGUAUUGAGAUCACCAACCUCAACCCUGGUAUUGUCUGGGGAGGAGAUGCUUUGGAGCUCAAGGGAGAGAACGAUGGUGUCUGGAUCGAUCACUGCAAGUUCUCCAAGGUUGGCCGCAUGUUCAUUGUCAGCCACUACGACGGCUCCCGCCUCACCAUCUCCAACUCCGAGUUCGACGGUGUCACCGACACUUCUGCUUCUUGCAACGGCAACCACUACUGGACAAUGAUGUUCUACGGUGAGGGUGACCAGGUCACUCUUGACCGCAACCACUUCCACGACGUCGCUGGCCGAGCCCCCAAGCUCGGUGAGCCUGGCACCAACGGUUACUUCCACGCUACCAACAACUACUUCCAGAACAUGAAGGGCCACGCUUUCGACGCUUACCAGGGAGCCAACGCUAUCAUCGAGGGUAACGUCUUUGAUGGUGUCGACCAGCCUAUUACUAAGGAGGCUGCUGGUGUCAACACUCUGUUCAUCCCUGAUGAGAGCGCCGCUGCUGCUUGCCAGUCUGUCCUUGGCCGUGCUUGUGAGCCCAACUCUGUUACUUCCAGUGGCGACCUUCCCGUCAUGAAGGGUGAGAGCGGUCUCAACGCUGUUGGCCAGAACAAGGAUAACAUUAUCACUCCUGUUUCCGCCAGCGAGGUUGUCGCUCUUGUUUCUGGAAAGGCUGGACCCGCUGGUGUUGGUUCUGUCUCUGCUCCCGCCUCCGGCUCUGGUUCUGGUUCCGGUUCCGAUGAGGUUGCCGAGACUACUCCUAUUGCUUCUGAGACCACCCCCGAGUCUACUCCCGAGUCCGCCCCCAGCCAAGAGGCCGCUCCUCAGGACGACUAUGAGCAAUCCGCACCUAUUGCUGCUGAGCAGGAUUGUGAUGAGGAGCCCGCUACCCAGGCCCCUGUACCCACUGUUGUUGCCGACUGUGACGAGGAGCCUGAGUACUCCGAGUCUGAGUCCAAGCCUGUCGUUAGCCAGGCUGCUGCUGUUGCCCCCAAGGAGGAGGAGUCAUCCGUUGCUCAGGCUGAUUGUGACGAGGAGCCUAACUAUGACUCUGAGUACGCUUCCAAGCCUGCUACUCCCAAGCAAACCCAGGCUGCCACCCCUGUCGCUGAUUGCGAUGAAGAGCCUGAGCCUACUGUCAAGGCUGAGCCCAAGCCCACUACUACCGCCGAGGACACACCUACCAAGGAGUCUUCCAGCGGCUCCUCUACUGUGCAGAUGUAUGGCCAGUGUGGUGGUGCCAACUUUACCGGAUCCACCAAGUGUGCAGCUGGAAGCUCUUGCAAGAAGGUCAACGAGUACUACUCGCAGUGCCUCAGCCACAGCCGCGUUCGCCGUCAAAUGCACGCUUACGUCGAGGAUGAGGCUACUCAGCCUUAA